CUGAGCAGCGCGCGCAGGCGGGGGAGGGCCGCGGUAGUGGCGCGUUAGUGGCGGCCGCGCGGCGCUCGGGGCCGGGCCGGGGCGAUGUGAGCGGGCCCUGAGCUGAGCGCGACUCCCCUCGCUUCGUGCCGUCGGAGCGGCGGCUGCCGCGGCUCCCGCCUGUCCGCACGGCCGGGCCCCGCGUUAUGUCGUGAUCCCGGGCGGGCGGCGCCGCCGGGGCUGCCGAUGGGGCUGCUCAGGAUCAUGCUGCCGCCCAAGUUGCAGCUGCUGGCCGUGCUGGUGUUCGGGGUGGCCGUGCUGUUCCUGGAGAACCAGAUCCAGAAGCUGGAGGAGUCCCGCGGCAAGCUGGCAACUUUUGGAGAGAUUCUCCUUUUACAUGAGGAAGGCCGUACCCAUCAAAUGUUACCUGGCAGUGAAAGGGCUAUUGCAAGACAUGAAGUCAGAGAGAUAGAACAGCGUCAUACAGCAGAUGGCCCCCGACAAGAUGUGACACUGGAUGAAGAAGAUGAUGUGGUUAUUAUUUACAAUAGAGUACCUAAGACUGCCAGCACAUCUUUCACAAAUAUUGCCUAUGAUCUUUGUGCAAAGAACAGAUACCAUGUUCUACAUAUCAAUACAACCAAAAACAAUCCUGUUAUGUCUCUGCAAGAUCAGGUUCGAUUUGUGAAGAACGUGACUUCCUGGAAGGAAAUGAAACCGGGAUUUUACCACGGACAUGUAUCUUAUUUGGACUUUGCAAAAUUUGGUGUUAAAAAGAAACCCAUUUACAUAAACGUCAUAAGAGAUCCCAUAGAACGACUAGUUUCUUAUUAUUACUUUCUGCGCUUCGGAGACGAUUACAGACCAGGACUACGAAGGAGAAAACAAGGGGAUAAGAAGACCUUUGAUGAAUGUGUGGCAGCUGGAGGUUCAGACUGUGCUCCAGAGAAACUUUGGCUUCAAAUUCCAUUCUUCUGUGGCCACAGCUCUGAGUGCUGGAAUGUGGGAAGCAGAUGGGCUUUGGAACAAGCCAAGUACAACCUGAUUAAUGAAUACUUCCUUGUGGGAGUUACUGAAGAGCUUGAAGAUUUCAUCAUGUUAUUGGAGGCAGCUUUGCCCCGGUUCUUCAGGGGUGCCACAGAACUGUACAGGACAGGAAAGAAGUCUCAUCUUAGGAAAACAACUGAGAAAAAACUUCCCACAAAAGAAACUAUUGCCAAGCUACAGCAGUCUGAAAUCUGGAAAAUGGAGAAUGAGUUCUAUGAAUUUGCACUGGAGCAGUUUCAGUUUGUCAGAGCACACGCAGUUCGGGAAAAAGAUGGAGAAUUGUAUAUCCUGGCUCAAAACUUUUUCUAUGAAAAGAUUUACCCUAAAUCAAACUAAGAAUGCGAUACUUUUAGAUAUACGGACCUAAAUCUUUGGUCACAUCGUCAUCUUAGCCCUCAGCCGUGGAAACUAGAUCGCUUGUUAGACCUCCAAGAUGUUUCUCUAUAGGUCCGAGAAGAGUGGGCUGUGGAUCACCUCCAGGGCAAUGGAUACUGACUGACUGUGUUGGUAAUCCAGAAGCAAAAGCUUCACCUCUUUUAUCUAACUAAUACUUUCAGUGGGAGUUAAUACCCUUUACCUGAGGAAAUCUUCACUUUAAUUUGGAGCGAUUAACACACAGCAGCUCUAGUUGAAAACAUAAAGGAAAAAAAAAAUAAUGCUUCUGUUAAUGCUCUUUUUUAAUUUUCAGAGCAGUUUAUUUUCAUUUAUACUUCUGUGAAGAGGAAGUCAUUUUUCCCAGCUUUCAACAUGGAAAUCUUGGUUGUAUACUAUAUGAGUAGUGUUAAUAACCGGUUGACAUCUGUGCUUUGUUUUUGUGAAUCACAUCACACGGUAUGGAUUGGGAUAGUUAAUCAUGUUCUGCUGAGAAAUGCUGCUGCCGCUGGAAUUGCCCAUAUUUAUAUUUGUGGUUUUAUUAAAAAAAAAUUAUGACUAAUCGUUAGUGUUAAAACAUCAUUUCCACACUGACAUUGUAAAAAGUGAAAGAAUCGGAGCAGUGGGGUUUUGUUUGUUGUUGUUUUUUAUACCCACCACCAAGCGGUGGACUGAGGUUGGGAAAACCACAAGGAAAGUUGGUUUUGUCUGCAGUUAUAGUCAAUACUUACACAGUGGUAUAAAAAUAGCAAAAUCGGUAUCAAGUUUCUCCAUGGAUUCUUUGUAAUUAUUGUAAGCUGAGGUAUUGGUGAAUCCAUAUUAUGACUCCAUUAGUGAGCUGUGGUAUGGUUAGGGUUUUCCUACUACUUCAAUACUUUUACCUGUAGAAUAUUUUUACUAAGGUGCUUUAUAAUGUGUUUUAAAGCAUUGCAUUUACAAAAGGAGUAAAAUGCUGUAAAUACUGCUUAUUUUAUGUAUUUGGACCAAAAGGUUUAAAGUAACUAGUUUGAAGUGGGGUUUUUUUCUGUUUGGUUGGUUUUUGUUUUUUUGUUUUUUUGUUUUUUUUUUUGCACCAGUUCUGUUAUGUGUAAAGUAAAAAGGCAUCGCAUAUACUUCCUGGUUGAGUCAACUGUUGAAUAUUGCAGAAAUGCACUUCAGUGACCUCUAUGACUUUAAAACUAGAAUGUUGUCCAGGGAUUCUCUUUACGGAAAUGUAGCUUUCAUCCUUUUGUUAUAUUAAGAGGAAAAGAAGCAAAAUGUGAUGUGUAGUCUGGUGGAGAGAGAUGCAGUGAACUUGACAUAAUUGUAUUUAUGUAACUGCCUUAUGUGACUAUUGUAAAUUUGUGAGUUGCCGUUAUUAACAAUGUGAAACACCUGGUAGAUCAAGUAAAUUGAAAUUUGAGAACAGAUGUUUGGGGCCACUGCAUUAUAGCAAACAGCAGUGGAGGACUAUAAGAAUUUGUUUCCUAUUGGAUUUUCUGAAAUACGAGUAUUUACACAUCUUACACCUGCCUUUUCUUAAAGUGCUUUUCAUGGAGUUUGAUAGGAGAGAAGGCACAGAGGAGACAAAGUUAGGAGUAAAAAAAAAAGAAAAAGGAGGGGGCUGGAAUUGUGGAAGUUUUAAUUCCUAAGGGAUGAUGCUGAAGGCUUAGUUUAAAAUUACCAAGUGGAGUUUCUUUAGCCAGCUUGUUCUUGUAAUGAAAACAAAGGAAAUGGAAAAUGGUCUGUGAACUGGGUGUCUGCAGCCAAAAGCAACAGUCCAUUUACAGAGAGGAUAAUGAGAGACUGUCAAGUCCGUCUUGUGUUUUCUUUGUUUUCUUGCAUUUUCUUUUUGAAUUUCAAAAAUACACCUCAUUGUUCCUCCCAGAUAAUCAGGGAAGUUCCUUCUGGUAGCUUUACCGUUGAUACAGUGUGAACCCCGUAUAAGAUUUCCUGUUCCAGUUCUUUUCUACUGACGUCAUUAAUAAUACCAACAUGCUUGGGAACGUGCUCACACAUGGAAACGUGUUUCCUAGCUACAGGAAGGAGCUGAGGAGUCAAAGUUUGU